CCGGUCUCUCCUCUAUCCUUUCAGACCCUCCCCUUCCCUCGCCGCCGCCUAGGUAAGUCUCCACGCCCACGCCUUCGCCACGGCUACCAUGACCCGAGCGAGCAGAUGCUCGAGCUCGGGGUAGCUCCUCGCCGCGCCUCGGCCGCUAUGGAGAGAUGCGCCAAGUACCUCUUCGUCCCCUGCCUCCACGCACGCGACCACACGGCCUUUGGAUCGACUUCCCCGACCUGUCUUCUUCAUCUCCUUCCUGGUCAAAAGCCCCGGCAAGUUCCCCGCGUCUCUGCAUCGUCUCCAUCACAUAUCCGGCCACACCAUCAUGUCCAGUGGACACUAGAGCCAGGAUACUGGUACGUGAACGAGGAUCCUGUUGAGUACGGUUACGAGGAGCAAGCUUUCGACAACCCUAGAAACUUUGCAGUUGCAGGUGCCGACGAUACCAGUGCAAGUGAUGCUACCGAACUCAAGUGGGAGUUCGAUGAGGAUCUUGGUCGUUACUAUGUUUCGUUUCCUGAUGAUCAGUAGUGGAGCCCAGUUGCGACGAUUGGGGAUCUAGCAUUUGGGGUUAUCUUCUUUUCCUUUUGGAUUUUACCGUAGUCGGUCUAUGUGUGUAUUUUGGAUGAUGUAUGAAUUAUUUAAGUAUUGUGUGAAGUGGCAAUUGUAAGCCAACUCUCUUUA